AUGACCAACCGAAAACAAGCCAUAACCAAGGCUCUUCAGCUCCAAACCGAAGCCUUGUUGGACGUUCAUCUAGCAGCGACCAAAGUCAAAAUCCCACCGUGCUUCCGAAACCUUCAAGCCAAAGUGGAUUCCGAAUCCAAGGAAUCCACUCCAGAGCCCGAAUCCAAGGAAAAGGACUUACAAUCGACCGGUAAAGAGUCAAGUGAUACCCAGUCUACCGGAACUACGGAUGAGGCUCCAGAAGACAGUACCAAAGCUGAUCCACCACUGUCCGAGCCGCCUCAAGAAGGUCAGGAAGGUGUGGAGAAUAAGGUGGAUGAACAGGGAGUAAGUUGGGCUUGGGAUGUUGUUGAUUGACAUUUUUAAAGUAAAAAAAAUUGAAAAUUAGGUUAAAAAUAGGGUUUUUGGUAAAUUUUUUUAAAAGAUGAAUAUAUGUUUAAAAUGACGCUAAAUGUUUAGCUUACUGUCCAAUGUCAAUUUACAUUAAUAUAUUUUGUCAUUUUUAAGUUAUGGCUAAAAAAUAAGUCCGCGUCAAAAAGAAUUGGCGUUUUUCAUAUGUAAAUCAAGCGAUAAGCGGCCAGUUCUUUUUGAUGCGGUGGCAAAUUUUGAAAAAAUGUCUGUUUAUGGUAUGAAAGACGCAAUAAUUUUUAAAAAUUCUUUAAAAUGGCAUGAUUUCACUUUUAAGAUGUCAUGCUGACCCUUUUAAACUGUUAUGAUGACACUUUUGAACUGUCAUGAUGACGCUUUUGAACUAUCAUGAUGACAUUUUUAAACUGAUAGAUAACUCUUUUUAACUUUCACGAUGACAAUUUUAAUCCGUCAUGAUGACAUAUUUAAACUGUUAUGAUGAAACUUCUAAAUUAUCAUCGUGACAAAUUUGAAACGUCAUGAUGACAAUUUUAAAUUGAUUUUUUUUAGUUAAAAAUUUUGCCAUUUCAGCCAACUGUCUCUCUGGCCGAGAUCAACGCCGCCUACAACGAGCUGAUGAAGUACGCCGACCACAAUGACUCGACCGUUCUCCUAAUCACGGCCAAGCACGCUGUUGCCCACGAACGCUACGGAAUCGCGUUGAGAUGCGUGAACAAGAUCAUCAGCGAAGGGAAGUCGACUCAAGAACUGCAAAAAGCUUUGUUCGAGCUGGCGGACACGCUCGGAUUUGGCCAUGUAGCUCAACAAUUGAAGAACGAGUACAUUGUCAAGUACUGCAUCAACGAUCGACCUUUUUAA